ACACGCAAACUCACCCACAAGACAUUUUCUCUUUCCUUUCAGCCCCGAGUCUCCCUCUCUCCACUUCGGAUGAGACUUUCUCUCUCUAUAUCUAUAUCUGUAUCCACACACACCAGAGCUUCGGUUUAGGCACAAAACCAACGUAAACAUAAAAAAACACAACCCCAAAACAACCAAAUCCCAUCUUCUCUCGGAUCUUGUAAAAGAAAAUUAAAAAUCAAUCCAACUCAGCCUGCUUCAAUUCGAUUGCUGCUGCGGCAAUGACGAGGAGGUGCUCGCAUUGCAGCCACAACGGCCACAAUUCCCGCACGUGUCCGAAUCGAGGCGUCAAGCUUUUUGGGGUCCGAUUGACUGAUGGUUCGAUUCGGAAGAGCGCCAGUAUGGGUAAUUUGACCCAUUACAUGGGCGGCGGCGGCGGGAGCGGGAGCGCCACGCCAGUCAGCGGCGCUGCUCACGACUCUCCGGCGGACACCCCCGACCACCCCUCUGCUGGCUCCGCCGCCGCCGACGGCUACGCGUCUGAAGACUUCGUUGCUGGGUCUUCUUCCAGCCGGGAGAGGAAGAAAGGAGUGCCUUGGACAGAAGAAGAACAUAGGUUAUUUCUGCUUGGUUUGCAAAAGCUUGGCAAAGGUGAUUGGCGUGGCAUUGCACGGAACUAUGUGAUCUCUAGAACACCUACUCAGGUUGCUAGCCAUGCCCAAAAGUACUUCAUCAGACAAAGUAAUGUGUCUAGGAGGAAAAGACGCUCGAGCCUAUUUGAUAUUGUGGCCGAUGAAUCUGCCGAUACUACUGUGAUGUCAAGGGAUUUUUUCCCUGUGAACCCUUCUCAAGCCGAGACACAAAGCAGCACUCCAGCGGCACCUGCUGCUGUGGAUGAAGAAUGUGAAUCCAUGGAAUCUGCAAACUCCAACGACGGGGACACUGCUCUGACGAACCCGGAGGGCUCUCAAUAUCCUUACCCCGUCAUGUAUCCUGCUUAUGUCGCUCCACUCUUCCCGUUGCCCGUUCAAUUUUGGCCAGGAUACAACACAGAGCCCGUCAAAGCAGAAACCCAUGAAGUGGUGAAGCCAACUGCUGUGCAUUCGAAGAGCCCUAUCAAUGUGGACGAGCUUGUUGGCAUGUCGAAUCUAAGCCUAGGGGAAUCCAUCGGGGAUGGUGGGCCGUCAGCCCUCUCACUUAAACUCGUUGAAGGCUCUGAGAGGCCGUCUGCGUUUCAGGCGAAUCCAGCUUCUGGUAAUUCAGGCAUGAACUCUAGUCACAAUCCAAUUCAUGCCCUCUAGAUUGGAAAAAAAAACAUGUUAUUGUGAUGUGAGAUCACUCAGUGCCGUUGAGCUCUGGAGAUCUCUCUUGUUAAUAGAAGAUGAUAGUGUUUAGAGUGGUUUCGGUAAGUUAUAAUUUUAUUUGUUAGGUUGUCUUAAUAAGUGUGUUUAGGAAGGAUUAACUCAGCCUCAACUUAACUCUGUAGACACCAGAAACUUGUUUUUCAAAUUAUUUGAAUCUUUCACAA